GAUCACCCCCUCCAGCCGAUCAUCGCGGUGGACGCGUCCAGCGACGACGGCGCCCCGCUGGUCCGCCCCGAGAGCCAGGUCGGCGGCGACGAGGCGCCCCUGACCAGCCUGGUGCCCAACGCGCAGCGCCUGGCCAACACGCUCGCCAAGCUGGAGGCCGCCUCGGUGAAGGACGCCGAGUCGCGGCACACGGAGGAGCUCGAGCAGCUGGAGCGCUCCGCGCGUGGCAGCGAUGGCGGUGAUGACAGUGCUGCGCCCUCCUCGCCAGCAGCCGCAGCACGUCCGCCAGCAGAGCCAGGCACGGACUCCCUGGAUCCAGGCGGCGGGUUCGGCCAGUCGGAGCUCGAGGACCACCAGAGGCGCAAGUCGCUGGGGGCGCAGCUCGGCAGCAUCCCGCAGGUGCCCGAUUCCUCGGACGACGACAUCAUUCGCGACCUGGAGGAGGAGGCUCGCAAGCUGGAGGAGAAUCUGAAGUCGGAGGCCGCCGUUGAGGAAGCCCGCGCUCAGGAGGCUGAGGCAGCUGCACAGCGCAUCGAGGACGAGCGCGUGGCGGCAGAGGCAGAGGCGAAGCGCGUGCAGGACGAUCACAGUAGUUGGCUGAGGAAGCAGCAAGAGGAGUGGAUUCAGGAGCGCGAGGCUCGGCAGCAGGCUGCGAAGGAGCAAGUCGAGGAGAGGAUGAAGCAGUCUGUAGAUGCCGAGGAGAAGCAGAGGCAAGAAGCACGCGAGAUGAAGAUCAAGGCGAAGCAGGAGGAGAUUGUGAAGCGCUUGGAGGACAUGAGACAGAAGCAUGACGCUGCUCGGAAGUGCGCCGAGGCAAGGGUGGCCCAGGCUGCGCUCAAAGGCGAGGCGAGCACCGAGGUCGGCCCGACAGUUUUGGACACGCAGGCCGCACGUGAGGCAGGAGUUGACGUGGAACGUGCUGGAGGUGACGACGAUGGAGACGACAUCUUGAAGCAGUGCGACAGGCAGCUCCACAGGAGUCGGAGCCGCAGCCCCAAAUUAGCACUCGGCGGAAAGGGCUGGCUACAGGGCGACGGCGGUCAGACACCUGAGACGCAGCCCGUAGCACAAGAGCUUAGGGAACGCAUGGUGCCGCUUGCAGAAGCUACGAAGAAGGACCUCAUUGAUCAGAUCGAGGUGGAGACGUCCCUCAUCACCAAGGACAUCUGCGGCGGCGCCGAGGCAAAUGAGGCCUCCAUCGAGUUCGCUACCCAGCGCCUCGUGCAGCUGUUCAACUCAGAUUCGGUGCAACGACUUCACCAACUUCGUGCUGCAGAUCCUAUGUGGGCUUUGGAGCAGCGCAAAGCCACAGGCAUGAGUGACCAGGAGCAAGACGAGGAGUCCGCCGAGUUCUGGAAAGAGAUGCAGGGUAAGAACUUCUUCUUCGACCUGGACGAGUCGUCUUCAAAUCCAGCAGCGGCAAAGUGGAGGAGGGAAAAAGCCAUCAACGCGGACCUGGCUGAUAAGUACAAGCAGAAGAAGGGGUGGCCCGCGAAAGCGGACUUCAGGGCUGAGUGGUUGAAAGGUCAUUUCGAGAUCUGGAAGAAGAAGACGGAGUUCCGACGUGGCGACAUCAACGAGAAGACCGAGGCCAUGGACGGCCAGUACAUCUCGCUGGCUAAGAUCGUGAUGGAGGAAGGUGGUGGGUUGGCGGGCCUGCGCGCAGGCAUCAACUGGUGCCAGAGUUGCGUCAUGAUGGGCGGGGACCAGCUCGAGUACUGCUCGAAGUCCAAGCAGCUGAAGUACCUGCACGUCGUCCACAAGCUGAAGGACAAGUACAAGAAGGUGAUGGAGAAGUGGACUUCCUGGGUCAACGAGGAGCCAUCGCAGGCGGAGGCGAGGAUCGCCGCGGCAAAGGCAGAGGAGGCGAGCCAGGGGCAGCAGGGGCGGCCAGGAUCCGCGGCCGACGGGGCGGUGGCGCUCGCGGACGCAGCUGGCAGCGCGGCUGACGGGGCGGCGACGCCCAUGCCAGAGGGCGCGACCAAGAAGCGGAAGCACGGCCAGGAGGCGGCGGCGAGUGGCGGGGCGCCCGCUGGCGGGCCGCCCGCUACGGUGCUGAAGCCCAAGCCCAAGAAGAAGAGCAAGAAGGGCGCUGGUGACGGCGGAGACGGAGGCGAUGGUGGAGAUGGCGGUGGAGAUGGAGGCGGAGGCGACGGACCGAAGAAGUCGAGCAAGCAGCCGCCGUUCCUUCUGGAGUUCAAGAAGGCGAGCACGGUGAGCUCGAGCAUCAGGAGCGACAAGCUCUGGUCAUGGGCCCUCGCAGUGGUGAAGCUCCCAGACGGCACCGAGGAGGCUCUGACGAAGCCUUUUCAGGAUGCCCUCCAGAAGAUCGUGGGUGAUCCGCAGCUGGGCCAGCUGUUCUCGGUCGAGCUGUCCGAGUUCAAGCGGUCGGUUGACGAGGAUGCGUUCGAGCCAGCGCUGAAGAAUGCGAACCACAAGCUCAAGAAGCCUAUCGAGCGCCUGGCCAGCGAAGUGAGCAGGCUGCUCAGGCAGCACGCGGAGCGCACGAAGGAUUAG